AUGUACAAAACACUAUCUGCGGUGUUGCUUAUCUCGACUCGCGUAUGGUUUGCCUGCGGUCAUAACACCAGUCCAAGCUCGUAUCUGCUGGUCAACGCAGAUCAUAUCGCGGCCCAACGCCUGAACUGGCAGACUCCACUCUCAACGAAGGACGACCGAUCUACCGUGUUGAAUUUUGAUGACAUCUCAACGACUGACGGACAAGCGGCUAUUGAACUUUACGAUGGUCUUCUCUUCGAGGGACUGACAGUCGUCAAUGUGACCGACAGUAGUCUUCUCGAUGAUGAGGACAGAGAUUGUGCAACAUCACACACAAACACCUUGAUCAGCUUUUCACACCCUGAAGGCCAAACCCCCCAGAUCAAGAUCGGACCAGCGCAGCUCAACGACAAAACGUCGUCGCCCAUGUUCGAUCUCUUAUCCCUCUCCAUUAAGCCACGUCAGAAACGAUCCUCAGACUCCGUGCUUAUCAGAUAUAAGUUCUGGCAAAUCCUUGACGGCAAGACCGAGAUAACACAUUUAGAUCUGGUCUUUCAUGACGUUGGUCACCACGCCGCUACCCAUGUUGAUUUCGAAAGGUACGGGUAUACCAUCAGAAACCUCACCGCUUUCGAGAUCGCUGUAAUGGAGGAUAGCAAAUUGGACUUUGCGUUUUGUCUGGACGAUCUGGGCGUAAGGAUCCAUAAUGCGACUGGCGGUAAGGAAACUCAAUAA